AUGCUGCAGUCAGCUAUUAGGGAUGGCAAGCUCCUCGCUGUGAGGCUUUUGCUAAGUGCCGGCGCGGACGUCAAUCGGGCGGACAAGCAAACAGCCUUGCAUACGGCAACAUUCAGAAAGGACUUCCGAUUCGCAGAGAUUAUUAUCAAGCACGGAGCUGAUAUGGAAGCCCUCAACCUCCACAAGUUAACACCAUUACAGCAGGCGGUUGCCAACGGCUUCGAAGAGACCUCCAGGCUUCUGCUCGAAAGGGGUGCAAACGUAAACGCUCAGUACGUGCGCACUUCGGAUGAAAGGCCAUCUAGACGGGAAGAUACCAGUGCUGCAUCUAAGACUCCUCUGAUGCUCGCUUGUGGUCUAUACAUCUUCCAGUUCGAAUGA